CUUUGUGAUAAACACUAGCACUAGCAACACCACCACCAAAUUUCCAUUAUCAAAAGCCACAUAGUGCAGAGAACUUUGCCCUCCAAGUUCCAAACUUGAAACCACCCCCUUCUCCAUCGCCAUCUCCAUCUCCAUCUCUAGACCAAACUCUGGCCCUUGGCAAAGCUUUUAUAUAUAUAUAUAUAUAUAUAUUCCCCCACUCGUCCCUUUGACUACAAAGAUCAUGUGGCAUAUGCUGGCAGCAGUGAGGCGAAACCUCCAAAACAUAAAGAAGAGCCCAAGAGUUGCCGAUGAAAGUAUGUUUGCAGGUGGAAAUGGAGGUCUUGAUCAGUUGCCGAUCUAUGGGCGUAGACAAAAUGGUUGGAAUGGCUUUUCGCUUAUAUACAGCGUUGUGCGAGUUCCGAUUUCGAUUCUUUCGUGCUUUUCACACCCACAUGUGAAUGGUACCGAUGGGGUGUGGGUGUCAAGUGAGUUUGCACAGAUUUCAGAAAUGAAUCAUCUUAUGGUAAACGACAGCAUGCGCUAUGCAAUACUAAUGUAGAGAUGUCAAUGUAAGUGAGCAUUAGAUUGGUUUAGGGUCUUUGACUCUUUGCUUUCGAAAGGACUUUGGGGUUUUCUAGCUUCUUUACAGGAGUUUUUCUUUUUCUUUUUUUCUGGUCUUCUUCUUUAUAGUAGUAGACAUGAAGUAGUUGCAUCGAUAUAUAUUAUAUAUUGCGCGCCUAGCUAGCUAGCAUCUGGUCAUGAUCAUCAGUGUAUAAAAAUGGUUUUGUCUACCAGUAGUAGUACUGUAUUAAGUUGGUACCAAGUGCUUUCUACAUCCAUAAAUGAAUGGAGACCAUGGAUUUAUAUGAA